GUGUGAUUCUCUUGGGCAUUGUGGUCCUGGCACCUCUGGCACUCCAAAUCUGAGAACCAUGAAAUUAGGUUAUAAAUAAUUUCCUCUCUCUUCGUCCUCCCAAAUUAUGUUCCCCAGGGCAGCCGUUUCACUCUCUGUAAACCUAAGGCUGGCCCUUCAGCUCUGUUCUUAACUUUCUGUAUACUGCCAUAGUUCUACAACAAUUUCACUCUCUCUUUUGUGAUUUGAUAACUUGGUGACACAUUUCCUGUUCCGGGUGGGACGAAUCAGCUCUUGAAGGCAGAAAUCCAGCCCGGUUCAUAGACACUCUUGUUGUUGUGCUCAACCUUUCCACCGGAUGAGAAUAAAAAACUUUCUGUUCAGGAACAGCUGCCUUCAUUUAAAAAAGGGGGGGGGCAGGUUUCUGUUCAAACGUCACCUUUGCACCCAGACAAGUGCAAACAGCUCUCAGCUUUCUCCUCGCUUCCGGAAAGCUGCCACAAACAACCGCAGAGUCUGUGAUUGCCUUCGCCAUGGAGGUUUUCAGCUGGCUGCUGGUGCUAUCCAUCAUCCUCUACUAUUUCUGGAAGCGUGGACGUCCCAAAGAAUUACCUCCAGGACCACGACCUCUCCCGUUCUUUGGCAAUGUGUUUCAACUGGGUUUUCGAAAUCCCUUGACGUACUUGCAAAAGUUAACUAAAGAAUAUGGACCUGUCAUCAGUUUGUAUCCUGGGACAAAACCUAUAGUUUUUAUUCAAGACUUGAGAUUCGCAAAAGAAGUUCUGUUGACUAAAGGAAUCGAAUUUGCUGGGAGGCAAGACAAUCAUAUUAUUGACCUUAUCCAUAAGAAAAAAGGAAUAAUCAUGGCGCCCUAUGGCCAGGCCUGGAAGGAACAGCGGAGGUUUUCUCUGAUGGUUCUCCGGAAUUUUGGGCUCGGCAAGAAGUCGAUGGAGGAGAGAAUCCUGGCGGAAGUGGCGUAUUUGGUUCAAGCAUUUACGGAAAACAUGAAGGCUCCUUUCGACCCUUUCUGUUUCACGGACCGUGCCGUGACGAACAUAAUAUCUACCAUGGUAUUUGGGAAACGUUUCGAAUAUGAUGAUGCCACCCUCCGGAAAGUGCUGGACCUGCUCCAUCUGAACUUGAAACUUUCGACAGGACCCUGGGCACUGGUAAAGCCAACUAGACAAUGUAAAAGCACAAUCUUAAGCAGCCGGAGCUGAGCUGAGGGCCAGGUGAGCUGACCCUCAUCCAGCUGAAGCUGGGCUAAAUGCAAGCCUGGUCCAUCCUAAGAUACCAGAUAUGAUCCUUAGCCGCAAGUGGUCCCAGAACCAUCAGGUGAACGACCCUGCACUAGAACACCCAGGUUAUAUUACUGAGUUGGAGAACCAACGUCCUCUUAAUGGGAAUGUGUGGACGUCUGUCUUGGUUUACACCUGCAUAAUUUAAGUUUCCU